CGUGCUUGAGCGGCGCCCGGCAGCCAAUCAGAGGGCGGGGCGCGCGUUCAAACCGCUGGCCGGCGGCGGAGGCGUGAGCGGCGCGGGAAGGCCUGGGGCCUGCGAGGUGGGGUCUGCGAGAGCCGUAAUCUCUGGGGUCGACUUUAAAAAUACAACAGCCAGUUGCUGGAUUAGCAGGAAGAGUCUAUGUGGGAGCAGCAGAGAACUGCAGCCCAGGGCGAGCUCGCUGGAGCAGAAAGGGUGGACCAGCCCAGAGCAGAGGAGAGGGGCUUGUCUGUCCCGGCACCUCCCAGCAGAUAAUUUUGGAAACUGAUGCAUAAGGAAUGGCCGGAAGUUAAAUGAACGUCCAGAGAAGAGCUUAAAGUUUCUUCAGCAACAUCCUUUCUAAAAAUAACUUGCUGCCACAAUGUCAGUUUACCCUGCACAUAGUAGAAAUGACAGCAAUAUCCUUGGUAUCCCUUCUUCCCCAAAGAGUUCAUCGCUGCCUGUCCUCCCCCACGGUAGCAGGCUGAAGCUGCAUUCAAAGUCGGAUACGUCGGAAUGUGAAAAUGAUGAUCCGUUAUUGAUAUCUGCAAGUAAAACCAGAGACAUAAAUAGCACUUAUGUUAUCUCUGCCUGUAAAAAAACGGAAGAUACACCCCUUCCCCCUAACCCUGUGGGUAGGUUGACACUUCAGAGGAGAGUGACAAGGAGCAAAGAAUCCUCUCUGCUUGGUCGUGAGUUGGGAGACACAACUGCGAAAACAGCAGAAACACGUCUUGCGUUACAACGUCGGGCUAAGACAGAUUCUGUGGAAAAGUGGAAAGCAGCGCAGAAUGUGGGAGGUAAAGGAGAAAACAAUUGUGCUUCACCAGCAACUAGUAUAAAUGUAAAGACUGUAAAUAAUGAUAGAAACUUUCUUGUCACACCUUCUGUACCUUUAGCUGCAGACCCAAAAGACCCUGAAGUGAAGGCUGGUGGAAAAUACAAAGAAACGCUUUCUGUUGUCAGUGGGGCAGACGAAAAUGUUGCCCUUAAGUCCCUAAGUGAUAGACCACCUGCUGGUUCCCAGAGUCAGACUGAAGCUGUUAGAUCAGGAUGCUUGGCAACAAAACCUAUUCAGAGCAAGUUGGAUAUCAGAGUGUCAGGAACAGGAAGCUUACAUCACAGAAGUGCUGGGAAGGAUGGUGCGAAACUUGCACCUAAAUUUGAAAGCUUAGAGAAAAGAACACCUUCGAAGUGUGUUACAGAGCACAGAUCGACACCAAAGCGUGGCAUUCCUCAGUUUAAGAGCCCAGCUGCGUCAGUUCUGAAAAACAGGAUGCCUACCCUUCAAGUGAAACAAAGGCCGAAAAGUUCUCUUCUCGCAAAUAAAAGGGAACGGUCACGAGAAAAUCCAUUCCUUCUUGAAGAAGAACCUGCACUUCAGAGAACCUCUACAGAAACAGACCCCCUAAAAGUGGAAAACAGUCAAGUGAUGGUGGCAGUCAGAGUCAGGCCUUUCAGCACGCGAGAGAAGAGUGAAGAAACAUCCCAGGUGGUCUUCCUGAACGGGGAAGAAAUAGCUGUGGAACAUCCCAGCAUGAGACAGGUGUACAGUUUUGUUUACGAUCUUUCCUUCUGGUCCGUUGAUGAGUGUCACCCCCGCUUCGCGAGCCAGACGGCCGUGUACGAGGCACUGGCAGCCCCGCUCCUGGAACAGGCCUUCGAAGGCUUCAACACCUGUCUCUUUGCUUAUGGUCAGACUGGCUCUGGAAAGUCCUAUACGAUGAUGGGAUUUAGUGAAGAACCAGGAAUAAUUCCAAGAUUCUGUGACGGUCUUUUUGCUGAAAUAGCCAAAAAACAAACCCAAGAGGUCAGCUAUCACCUUGAAAUGAGCUUCUUUGAAGUAUAUAAUGAAAAAAUUCACGACCUUCUGGUUUGUAAAGGUGAAAAUGGGCAGAGAAAGCAAACACUGAGAGUGCGGGAGCACCCGGCCUCCGGCCCCUACGUCGAGGGCCUGUCCACGAAUGUUGUCAGCUCUUACUCUGAUAUCCAGAUUUGGCUGGAACUGGGAAAUAAGAGGAAGGCAACUGCGGCCACUGGCAUGAACGAUAAAAGCUCCCGCUCUCACUCAGUGUUCACCCUGGUGAUGACCCAGACCAAGACAGAAUUUGUGGAAGGCGAAGAGCUGGAUCACAGAAUUCGGAGCCGCAUAAACCUGGUGGACCUGGCGGGCAGUGAGCGCUGUUCCGAGACCCAGCCGAGCGGGGAGCGGCUGAAGGAAGGCGUGAGUAUUAACAAGUCCCUGCUGACCCUGGGAAAGGUCAUAUCCGCGCUCUCCGAGCAGGCCAGCGGGAGGAGAACAUUCAUUCCUUACCGCGAGUCUGUCCUCACAUGGCUGCUGAAGGAAAGUCUGAGCGGAAAUUCCAAAACGUCGAUGAUCGCCACGGUCAGCCCGGCGGCCAGCAGCGUGGAGGAGACCCUGAGCACGCUGAGAUACGCCACCCAGGCCCGGAUGAUAGUCAACGCCGCCAGGGUCAACGAGGACGUGAGCGCCAAGUUGAUCAGAGACUUGAAAGCAGAAAUUGAAAAGUUAAAAGCUGCUCAAAGAAACAGUCAGAACAUUGACCCUGAGCGAUAUAGGCUCUGUCGGCAAGAAAUAACAUCCUUGAGAAUGAAGCUGUAUCAGCAGGAGAGAGACAUGGCAGAAAUGCAAAGAAUGUGGAAAGAAAAACUUGAACAAGCUGAAAAAAGAAAACUUCAAGUAACAAAGGAGUUACAGAAAGCAGGAAUUACAUUUCAAAUGGACAACCACUUGCCAAACCUGGUCAAUCUCAAUGAAGACCCUCAGCUGUCAGAGAUACUGUUAUAUAUGAUAAAAGAGGGAACAACUACAGUCGGAAAGUAUAAACCCAACUCGAGCCAUGACAUUCAGUUGUCGGGGGUGCUGAUCGCCGACGAGCACUGCACUGUCAGCAAUUUUGAUGGGACAGUGAGUAUCAUCCCAGCUGGGGAAGCAAAGACAUAUGUAAAUGGAAGACUUAUUUUGGAACCCACGGUAUUACAUCAUGGUGAUCGGGUGAUUCUUGGCGGCGAUCAUUAUUUUAGAUUUAAUCAUCCAGUAGAAGUCCAGAAAGGGGAAAGACCGCCCAGUAGAGAUACUCUUAUGAGUGAGGGUCCAAGAGACUUUGAAUUUGCAAAAAAUGACUUGCUCACGGCACAGAGAUUACAACUUGAAGCAGAAAUAAAGGAGGCGCAGUUGAAAGCAAAGGAAGAAAUGAUGCAGGGAAUCCAGAUCGUAAAAGAAAUGGCUCAGCAAGAGCUUUCCUCUCAGAAAGCUGCGUACGAAAGCAAAAUACAAGUCCUGGAGGCAGAACUGAAAGAAGAAUGUCAAAGAAAGAAGAUACAGGAAAUAAAUAACCAAAAGGCUAAUUACAAAAUUGAGGAACUAGAAAAGGCAAAGCAGCGUUUUGAACAGGAAAUAUAUGUCAACAAAAAGCGGUUAGAAAUGGAGACUUUGGCUACAAAACAGGCUUUAGAAGACCACAGGAUCCGCCAUGCAAGAAUUCUGGAAGCUUUAGAAACCGAGAAACAAAGGAUUGCUAAGGAAGUACAAAUUCUACAGCAAAAUCAGAGUAAUAGGGAUAAAACUUUCACAAUUCAGCCCAGUUGGAGCUCCAUGAAACUCUCCGUGAUGAUUCAGGAAGCCAAUACCAUCAGCAACAAGUUAAAAAAGAAUUAUGUUUUUGGCAGACAUGUUGUAUCAGAUAAAGGAAGUAGUUCUGACACUUGUAUUCAGGUUCGUAACCUGCAACUAGGGGUCUCAACUGUUUGGAGUCUGGAAAAGUUUGAGUCUAAGCUUGCGGCAAUGAAAGAACUUUACGAGAGCCACUGUAGUAACAAGGGUGAAGAUGUCUUUUGCGACCCUGAAGAUGAAUGGGAACCCGACAUCACAAAUGUUCCAGUGUCUUCAUUUUCCAGAAGGAGGAGCAGGAGUCUGAUGAAGAACAGGAGGGUUUCCGGCUGUCUGCACGGCAUAGAGGCCCACGCGGCCCAGGAUUUGCAUUCUUCACACUCGUCAGGCUUCGUGGGGAAAUCAAGCCCCGCGUACCCAGAUUCAGCAGAAUCCUUUCUUCCCGGGGUUUGCAAGGAAUUGAUUGGCUCAUCAUUAGAGCUUCUUGGACAGAGUGAUGACGAAGAAAACACUGUGGUGGACAACUUGAUUAGUAAUUUCCUUAAAAUCCACGACGGGGUACUUGCCGUGUCCAGAGCUCAUGAGGACCAGGACGAAGACAGUCCGAGUAACUUGUUCUCUGAUGGAGCAAACCAGUCACUCGCUGUGCAGGUGGCGAGCGCCUUCGAGCGGCUCGUGGUGCUGACGAGACACUGGCUGAGCGGCGUCCCCGCCGGGGCCGGCACGGGGGCUCUGCCGGCCGAGCUGAGACGGGAAGUGAGGCAGCUGGGAGGCUGCUUGCGGUUGUUUCUGCAGGGAUGCUCUUCAGAUAUUUCAUCAAUGGUGAAAGAGACUCAAAAGCAAGUGAUCCAAAUUGUACACCAAGCCAUCAAGUACGCGGGGCAGUUAGCAGCUCUUAGCGGGGACCAGCUGCGCUCCCUGGAGAGCAGCGACUGCGGGGCUGCCAGCCUCCAGGAUGACUUCAUGGGUGCUAUUUGUGAUGGUGUAGGCUUGGGAAUGGAGAGCCUCCUAGAUUCUGGACUGGAAAAAGCAAAAGAACUUGAGCGUGAACUCCGAAGGCAGAGUCCCCAAGAUGAGGUUACCAAACAGAUGAAAGCUAAUGCCAUAGGAUUGAUUGAAUCCCUUGAAAACCUCUUUGCUGAGUGGAAAACAAAAAGCUUCAGAACUCAAGUACAAGAAGAAAAUUCUGGAUACCAAGAUUUGAAGAAGAUGCUUAAUUUUGCCCCAGAAUUCUUGAAGUUAAAACAUUGCUUAGAGCAAACUAUUCAAAUUAUUAUUUCUGCGCUGAGAGGGCGCCGCGGCCACGUAGCACUCCUCCAGGACUGUGUCCAGAGUCUCUGCAGCUCGGCCAGGGGUCUCCACGGCGACCGAGCCCGCCACAGGGAGCUGGAAUCUCGAGCCACCUCACUCCUCUUGGGUUUUGAAUUUGAAGAAAGACCUGGUUUGUUGGGACCCUGGGAAGCUUGUGAUCGGGAUCCCAGAGCAGCAGGACGAGAGCAGCGUGAGCCAGACAGGCCCGGCCCCCGGAGGACCCGAGGUGUACCCAAGCGGGUGUAUGAGCUCCCGGGCCCGGCCCCGGGGGGCUCAGAGCAGGGCGCGCUGCCCACCCAGGAGGGCGCUGGUUGGGGGUCUCCCGCCGCUGGAGAGCAGAGCGACCGCUUCACAGACCUCUAGUCUGUGGGUGGCCUCCUGUUGGGCGUGGACAUAUACACGCAGUGGAUCCUGAUUUCACAUGCCUGCGUGUGCGCCCAGAAGUUUCCCAGCAGACCGUUUAAAACAGGUAUUUACCAUGUUGGAACUUUGUGGCAAUAGGAUGGAAUUAGGAGUUCAAAGCCAAGUGAGCGGCCCUUCCUCUGGUUUUCCAUCGCCUUGAAUUGGAAGUGUUCGUCUUUGACGCUGGCGUGCAGUCUCCGGUUGGCUCACUAGCCUGUCGGUAAAGGGUUUUUGUGCUGAUUGUGGUGAUUAUAAGUUACGUUCCUGUGAGUGGAAACUUUUGUGCCUGUAUCUAUGCUCCCCUGCAAAUAGCAACGAUGAGUUUUAUGGUGAAACUGCUAAAACAAGUCUAACCAGAGCAGCUUAACUUGCACUGGUAAAUAUAAAGCUCUUUUCUUGAAGGAUUAACUGGCUGCUAUUUUGAAUAGUGUGUUCAGGACACAGUUUCCUGUUUCUUUCCAAAUUAUAAGUAGCUUCCUAAGUAUAGUAUAGUUUAUAUUAACAAUGCGGCUUGCAGGCAUAUUAGUUACUUCAUUAUCUGUUGGGGGUCAUAUUAGGGGCUGUGCGAGUAUCAUUUACAACCAAUUAAAUACUGCCAGAAGCACACUUGACGGUUGGAUGAGGUUGGGAGACCAGAGGCUGGGUCUCUUCUUGAUAAUCCUUGUUUGAUAAACGAGCAAUGAGAGCUUGUACAUGAUUUGAUGAAGAUUAAAGGUCCUUACUGUAUCUCACAGCUUAAAAAACCUUUAUCUACAAUCAGGUAAUAAAGAUGAUAUUGUACUUCAGGCAUCUUCCAUUAAGGAAAUAGUUUGACAUUUUUGACGGCAGAAAUGUAUGUAAAUUGAAGAGAUACACAGUGACCUUGCUUGGGUGAUGUCAAGCAUUUCUUGGAGAAGAAUUAUUUUAACUAACCUGGUCUUUCCCUCUGCCCUUUUCACUCGCAGACACACUGCGUGCCUGGCACGGCUGCUGGGAGCCAGCUGUUGGUGCCAGGGCUGAGUGUGAUGAUUUUCUCAUUAGGCAGAGCUUGUUCUGACACAGUGACCAGUAUUUAUUUACGGUAUUAAUGAACCGUGUGUUUUCAGGUGCUUUAAAAUGGUGCAGUGUAACAAAUGUGCUUUUGUUUUCUUUUUUCUUUUCUUUUUGGCAUUUGAGCUUGUAUUCUUUCUGAGGUUCCGUAUGUAUUUGUCAUAGCUGAUGCUCUACCAAGUGGCACUUUGAUAUGAAGUUUUACGAAGAGUAGGUGUACGGACAAGGAUCCUCUUUGAAGAUCUUCUUAAAGUAUUAGUUUGGUGGGUUUUAUCUUAAUUUUCAGUAUUUAAUCUUUACUUUUGCUUUCUAAACUCAUGACUUCAUUGGUCAGAAACCAUUUUUUUAUUGUCUUUGUAAAAUUUUGUAUAUACAUAUAUUUAUACUCUGGCUUGUUACACGAUAUUUGAACCAAGGGUGGAAAAUACAUUUGCUAUUAGAAUCGUGUGCUAACAAGACACGUUAUAAUAAAGGAAAUGCCUUCAACAGG